UACAUAGUCCUUGGAGUUCAGAGGCCUCUGCUGACUUCUGCUCAGCCUCUGGCUCUCAGCACCCACAUCCCCAUUUGUACAUCCGGGAGCAGAAGAAAAAGAGGGAGCUGGAGAUAACCCGUGAGAGGCUCAGAAGCUCAGAACAUCCCCCUGUCUCAGCCCUGCCCACCUGCUGCUGUGGCAACAGACAAGACAGCUAGGAACAUAGGAAGUGAGGUCCAAUACCUUGUGGGCAGUGGUGUCAUUAGCUGCAACGCCUAAGAUGUCUGGAGAGAUGGGAGAACUCACUCAAACCAGGUUACAGAAGAUCUGGAUUCCACACAGCAGCAGUAGCAGUGUGCUGCAGCGGCGAAGGGGCUCCUCCAUACCACAGUUCACUAAUUCCCCCACGAUGGUGAUCAUGGUGGGUUUACCAGCCCGAGGCAAGACCUACAUCUCUACGAAGCUCACACGCUAUCUCAACUGGAUAGGAACACCGACUAAAGUGUUUAACUUAGGUCAGUAUCGACGAGAGGCAGUGAGCUACAGGAACUAUGAAUUCUUUCGCCCAGACAACACAGAGGCCCAACUUAUCAGGAAGCAGUGUGCUCUAGCAGCCCUAAAGGAUGUCCAUAAGUAUCUCAGCCGUGAGGAAGGCCAUGUUGCGGUUUUUGAUGCCACCAACACUACCAGAGAACGACGCUCAUUGAUUCUGCAGUUUGCUAAAGAACAUGGUUACAAGGUCUUCUUUAUUGAGUCUAUUUGUAAUGACCCAGACAUCAUUGCAGAAAACAUCAAGCAAGUGAAACUUGGCAGUCCUGAUUACAUAGACUGUGACCAAGAAAAGGUUUUGGAAGACUUUCUAAAGAGAAUUGAGUGCUAUGAGAUCAACUACCAACCUUUGGAUGAGGAAUUAGACAGCCACCUGUCCUACAUCAAGAUCUUCGACGUGGGCACACGCUACAUGGUAAAUCGAGUACAGGACCACGUUCAGAGCCGUACAGCCUACUACCUCAUGAACAUCCAUGUCACACCUCGAUCUAUCUACCUAUGCCGGCAUGGUGAGAGUGAACUCAACCUUAGAGGCCGCAUUGGAGGUGACUCUGGCCUCUCAGCUCGGGGCAAGCAGUAUGCCUAUGCCCUGGCCAACUUCAUUCGGUCUCAAGGCAUCAGCUCCCUGAAGGUCUGGACUAGCCACAUGAAGAGGACCAUUCAGACAGCGGAAGCCCUGGGUGUCCCCUAUGAACAAUGGAAGGCCCUGAAUGAGAUUGAUGCGGGUGUCUGUGAAGAGAUGACCUAUGAAGAAAUUCAGGAACACUACCCUGAAGAAUUUGCACUACGGGACCAGGAUAAAUAUCGUUACCGCUAUCCCAAGGGAGAGUCCUAUGAGGACCUGGUUCAGCGUCUUGAGCCAGUUAUUAUGGAGCUAGAACGGCAAGAAAAUGUACUAGUGAUCUGUCACCAGGCUGUCAUGCGGUGCCUCCUGGCAUACUUCCUGGAUAAAAGUUCAGAUGAGCUGCCCUAUCUCAAGUGUCCUCUGCAUACAGUGCUCAAACUCACACCUGUGGCUUAUGGCUGCAGAGUGGAGUCCAUCUACCUGAAUGUGGAGGCUGUGAACACACACCGGGACAAGCCUGAGAAUGUGGACAUCACCCGUGAACCUGAGGAAGCCCUGGACACUGUCCCUGCGCAUUACUGAGCCCUUUUCAAGUGAUCAGAUUGUCUCUGUUCUCACUGCCUUCCUCCUGUAGGAACUGUUGCCCUUGUUCUCCUUAAGCAGACUCUGGCUUUGGCCAGAGAGUGCCCUACCUCCAGUGAAGAAGUCCGUAGCAGUUCCCAAACAGGUCUUAAUUCCUAGCCAUAACUAAGGCUACCUACCUGUGGAUAAAAUUCUUUUUAAAUAUUCUCUGAUAAAUAAAGACAUUUAUUCCUGCCUAUAGGACAGAAAGAG